UAUUAAUGACGUCAACGACGAGUUUUGGAAUCGGAUUACGUAAUUCUAAGUUUGAGAGCAAACCUUAUAACAAAGACGUUAUUGUUGAAGCAAACAAUGCCAAGGAGCAAUAAUAAUCGGUCUCUUGAUUUCUUUAUUAUUAGGAACGUCCGACUUUUUUGUUCGACAACAUGAACGAAAGCGUCUUUAAUGUGGACACUAUUAUCUCUCGACUUUUGGAGUUUCGAAAUUCUGUUGAGGGAAGCGAAGUGAGACUGGAAGGAGAAGAGAUUCGCGGACUCUGCUACCAAGCUAGAAAAAUCUUCUUGAAGCAACCGAUGCUUCUGGAAUUGGAACCAUCGCUUAUUGUGUGCGGUGACGUUCACGGACAUUACCCCGAUUUACUUCGAAUAUUUCAACUGGGCGGCUGUCCACCUCGCAGCAAUUACUUGUUUCUGGGCGAUUACGUGGACAGAGGCGAUUGGUCACUGGAGACUAUCUGUCUUCUGCUUGCCUACAAAGUCAAAUACCCCGAGACGUUCUUCCUGCUCAGAGGUAACCACGAAUGCUCUAACGUCAAUAGAAUUUAUGGAUUUUACGAAGAAUGCAGGAAAAAGUGCGGCGUUAAACUGUGGAAGAUAUUUAACGAGUGCUUCAAUUGUCUACCUGUGGCGGCCAUCAUAGACGACAAAAUUUUCUGUUGUCAUGGAGGACUCAGUCCUAAGUUAGAGUCUUUAGAUCAUAUACGUCAGCUAGUAAGACCCAUCGAAGUACCCGAAGAAGGUCUUUUGUGCGAUUUACUGUGGUCCGAUCCGGAAAAGAAUUCUAAAGGAUGGCGAGAAAAUCGGGAAAGGGGUAUAUCCGUCACCUUCGGUACGGAUGUGGUAGAGAAAUUUCUGCUCCAACACAACUUCGACUUAAUAAUUCGUGCCCAUCAAGUGGUAGAAGAUGGAUAUGAGUUCUUUGGUAGACGUCAAUUGAUAACCCUUUUCUCCGCCUCCAAUUAUUGCGGAGAGUUCGAAAACGCCGGUGCAAUUAUGUUCAUCGAUAAGGACUUGAUGUGCUCUUUCAGAAUACUGAAACCUUUAAAAUAACGUUGUCAAGCAUAUCAACGCAGGUCACCGUUAUCUUAUAUGCUAUAUGAUUUGAUCGAACAAAUUUUGAUGACGCAAAUUGCAAUUAUCGAAUUAAUCGUAAAAUUGAUGCUUUUUGUUUUUAAUAAACUUCACGUUUCUGUUCUUCAUGCGGAAAGAUCUUUUAUUUUUAAACGAUAACUUGGCUUAUACAAUUCACUAAGAAACGCAGAUAAUUUUGGGAAGGAAAACACCUAGCAGGAAUUUCAAUUUCUUAAACUGGCCACAAUUGAGGCGUUAAAAUUAUAAGUAAUAACCCGAACAUCCUACAGCAGGAUUUAGAUAAAUUUUCAGACAAGCACCAUAAUCUUAAUCUCGUCAUUAAUCUAAAUAAGGUCCCUGGUAUUUUGCCUUGAUAAGAACACGUCCUGAUUUCACAUUCAAAAUUUCAACAGUAUUCUUAUAUUUGUCAGUGCUGUUACUGACUUACGCAUUAUAGUCAAUGAAAAACUCACCUAAAAGCAUUAUAUUGUAAAAUAAUAAAAGGUUUGGAAAUUCGUACAGGAAUAUUUUGGAAAAACUGUAGCAACUUCAUCCAAACUUGGCGAAAAGAGGAGUUCCUUCUAAAAUGAAAGUUUUAGGAGAGAGAAACAACACGUGGACACUCCUCAUAAGUCCACCGAUUUGCUAUAAAAGGCGGAGGUUACUUUUUAUCCAGGCUUUCUGUCGUGAAUCUCAUGUCGUUAGCCGUGUGCCGUUUAAUCAUUCAAAUAAAGUUCCUUGUUGAUCCCGAUUUGCGUUUGAUACAUCGAUCAUAUUAAGAAAGGAUGACAAAAGAAGUCUUCUCAAUCAACAGAAAAGGUUCUCGCAUUACAUCCCCAGGCCUUCUUUCAUUGCCGAAUUAACAUCCCUUACUUUUCACUCGGAAGAAAAUCGGAUCUUUAUCGCGAGUUAGAACACGAAUUAAAAUAUAUAUUCUCACUGAUGUCAGGAGCUGACAACAAACCAGAGAUCCUACACAGAUUUUUAUAUUUUUAAAUAAAUUUUAACCAUCUGUACAUAGUGAGUGGAGU